AUGAAUGCUUGGGAUAAAAUUGCAACUUGGGCUUUUUCGGUUGGUUUACCCUUCAAUGCUGUGCGUGACGAAAGUUUCCAAGAUAUGAUCAAUUCAAUUGGAGAAUACGGAAGAGGUAUGCCAACUCCAUCUUAUCAUAAUAUUCGCGUCACACUGAUGAAAAAGCGUUUAGAAGAUACUCAAAAGUUUGUGGAUUCGUUCCGGCCACAUUGGGAGGAAUAUCGGUAUAACGGGUCAAACUUUAAAGCUGUCGGAAAGAUUUUAGAAGAACAACAUCCAAAGUUGUUUUGGACUCCGUGUGCAGCACAUUGUGUGAAUCUCAUGAUAGGAGAUAUUGGUGAGAAAAUACCAAAGAUAAAGACUGCUCUGACUGAUGCGAGAGCAAUUUUGGUUUACAUUUACAACCACGGGAGGAUUCUUAAUCUGAUGAGGAAGUUGACAAAGAACAAGGAGUUGCACAGGUCUUGUGUAACUAGGUUUGCAACACAGUUUUAUACUAUUCAGAGUAUCCACGAUAAUCGACAUCAUAUUCAACUACAUUCAAAGAAAAGAAAUUGUCUUUUACAACAAAAGCUCAAUGAUCUUGUAUUCAUCCAAUACAACACAAGGUUACAAAGACGCUUCAACUCGUUAAAAGCCAACAAAUCUUUGGAUCCUAUUUUGUUGAGAGACGUAGAUGAAAAAGAUGAUUGGGUUAUACCAACAGAAGUUGAGCUUCAAGAGUUUGUUGAUGGUAGAGAUGGUCUUCUUUGGUCAGCUGUACGAGAGCCAAUGGGAGGAACCGAAGAAGUUGGGGUAACUACUAGGAGCAAAAGAGAUCGCUAUAGAGAUGAUGAGGAUGAUGAUGAUAUUCGAGUUGAAGUGGAAGAUCUUGAUGAACAAUUGGAUGCCUUGGGUGAUGUGGGCUCGGAGGAAGAUUUCAUGUCUUACAAUUAG